AUGGCCGCUCAUGCCAUGCCAUGCUGCUGCUUGGUGCCUUCCGAAGCUGCGGGCCUCAUCAUAGGUCGGGCCGGCAGCACUGUGAAGCACAUCUGCGAAGUCUCCGGCGCACAAGUGAAUGUCUCCGGCGAUCGGGAUACCCCUCGUGCGCUGACAGACCGAAUUGUCACGAUCCAGGGGGACCCUGAGCAGAUCGAGAAAGCAUGCCGAGAGGUGAUUCGAAUUGUCCAUCGGUCGCAAGAGUUGGACGAUUCCGAACAUGGUGUGUUCGUCACAGUGGUUCCGGCCGGUGCAGUGGAGCACAUCAUAGGGCCCGGUGGUGACACCAUCGAGAAGCUGGUGGAGAGCACAUCGUCAGAGAUCAACAUCAGUCGCCAUGCCAUUGCGGGGACGGAGCUUCAACCCGUCAGCAUCGCAGGCACUCCCAAGAACAUGCUCAUUGCGUGCAUGCGUGUUCUCGGCCUGGUUCAGGAGCUAGCGGACCAGGGCGGUCUUACCAUUGACUCCUCGACCUGGCCUCCACGGCGAAGCCCCAGCGUGGGGCAGCUUCGGAGUGUGUCCCGGACCGUCUCAAGGAGCUCGACCCCAAUGCGAGGUCGGUCAGUCGACGGCGAUGCCGAGCAAAUUCCCCCCGAACUGCUGCCCGAAUUGCCGACCAGUGACACGGGCAUUUCUUCAGUGCUGUUCGUCGUUUCAGCAUCUGCAGCUGCAUGGAUCGUUGGCCGCUCGGGCCGGACCGUUUCUGAGAUCCGGACAAAGUCUGGGGCCGCUGUGGAGGUUGCGAGGAAUGGGGGGCCUCUUCGAUUGGUUGAGUUGCGGGGUGAAGCUGACCAGCGCAAGUCUGCGGUGGAGCUGCUGUUGGAAACGGUCGAGGAGCUGCCCGCCGGUGCCCCUCGUGAAACGCAGCUCCUGGCACCUCCGGGCUCUGGGGUGGAAGAGGGUCACCUCAGCACAAUCCGUGCUGACACUGGCGCACAAAUCAAGAUUGAGCAACUGGGUGCCGAAGGAGCAGACGGCUUCGGCACUGGCUCAGGUUGCCGUCUCAUCAUUGUUUCCGGCCCCAAGCUUGCAGCUAGACAAGCGGCAAUGCUGAUCGCUGCUCUACUGGGGCGAGCGGCGACGAGGGGCUCGAUCAACGCCCGACAGAAGGCCGGGGCCGCUGCAUGCCCCAACUGCGGCAACGUUUUCGCAGCUGACGCGGCUUUCUGCCAGAAGUGCGGCCAGAAGCGUGAGGAGGGACCCGUGUCCCGUGGCCGUGGCCGGGACGUCAGCCCUGCGGCUCCUCGCCAGCGUGCUUUGAGCCUGGGCGCGAAGCACCCAAGCCUUGGAAGCGAUGGAGAAACUCAGCUGCUGAAGGCGCUGCUAUCGGGUCCGUCACCCUCGAGCUGCCAACUCAAGCUGCUGCUACCAGCAGACUUCGUGCGCCUGUGCCUGGAAGCUGGCAGCCACCUCGCCCAGGUGUCGUACCGCACCGGCAGCCAAUUGGAGGUCUUAGCACCGCACUCGCCAGAGCCCACUCGAUUGGUUCUUGUGCAGGGCACCAUGCUGGGAAACUCCAUGGCAGUGAUGCACUUGCAAGAGCUGCUGCUACAGCUGCUCAGCUUCAAGCGGCCUGUAUCAGGUUGGAUACUAGCGCGGCUGUUCGGAGUCGUAUGCAGGUUCGUUGAGCAGCUGGUGAUUUUCACAGCUACCACUUCUGCAAUUGUCCAAACUUGA